AUCCAUAAUAAGAAGCAUUGCAAACCAGUUCAAAUCUUCUUUGAUAUUUGGUUCUUCUUUUCCAAACAUCUUGCUUUGUGCGCACAACACUUUAAGCCAACUUUCACCAUGUCGAAGGCCAACUUCCUUUCUCAUAGCCCGGUGCUUUCAAAGCCGAUCCAAAUCAGCGCAUCGCCAUGGGCAAAUUUCGACAAGCUAUGGACCACACUUAUGGGAUACCCAGCGAAAGACUUCAAAUUCGUGGCGGGAGAAACUCCUUUGUCAACUUUCACUGAAACGACUGCAAUCAUAGUGACAUAUCUUGCAGUCAUCUUUGGCGGGAGAGAAAUCAUGCGCAGCCGAGAGCCACUCAAGCUGAACGGUCUGUUCAAGGCUCACAACUUUAUGUUGACGGCUAUCAGCGGUGCAUUGCUGGUACUUUUCGCGGAACAGCUUAUUCCUACACUCUGGGCCGGUGGCCUAUACGAGAAUAUCUGCGGUGCUAGCGGAUGGACUCAACCCUUAGUAGUCUUAUACUAUUUGAACUACUUGACAAAAUAUGUGGAAUUGAUUGAUACUGUCUUUCUGAUGGUGAAAAAGAAGCCCCUCACGUUCCUUCAUUGUUACCAUCACCCAGCCACAGCAUUGCUUUGCUACACCCAACUCAUUGGGAGUACCUCAGUAUCGUGGGUUCCAAUUACAUUGAACUUGACAGUGCAUGUUGUCAUGUAUUGGUAUUACUUUCAGAGCGCUCGCGGUAUUAAAGUUUCUUGGAAAGAGUGGAUUACCAGACUACAAAUCUUCCAAUUUGUUAUUGACUUGGGUUUCGUUUAUUUCGCCUCUUGGGAUUACUUCACUAGCACUUACGCCCCAUAUCUCCCACACGUAGGCACCUGCGCGGGUCACCCAGCUGCCGCCGUCGCCGGAGUUGUUAUCCUGAGUUCCUACUUGGUGCUCUUCAUCUCGUUCUAUAUUGCCACCUACAGGAAGAGGUCUACUCGCCGUACGGCUGCGAAGAUUGCUGGACAAGCUGAACGGAAGAUGGAAAAGACGGAAGUACCAAUGAUGAAAGAGACAGCGGAAAAGGCUACGCAAGCGGUAAAAGCUGCUAACGAGGGGAUGCAUAACAUUAGCUCUAGGAGGCCAUUUGUAUGA